GUUUUUGUAUCACUUGUCAAUAAAUAGUCACCUUUUGUCCUUCCCUCACCAUCCAACACUAGUGGAGUUGACAGAGUUUGUGGAGUAUCAUAAGGUGAAUUUGAGCAGAAGAAGGGCAGCUGAAGAGGCGUUUCAGACUCAAGUGCCAUUUCAGAGCCCCACCCCUUUAAAAGUAGGAAAUCUUGAGAGAAUCCGAAAGCAACAAUUAGUCAUCAGUGCGUUGUGUCCAUGUUUAACUCUGUCUGUGUGUGUGAGCAGUAAAAUGGCAGAAUCUAGUGUUUCUGUGGCUCAUCAUGAGUUCAGCUGUGCAGUGUGUCUGGAUCUCCUGAAGGAUCCAGUCUCCACUGCCUGUGGACACAAUUACUGUAUGAGCUGCAUCACAAACUGCUGGAAUCAGGAGGAUCAGAAGAGAGUCUACAGCUGCCCUCAGUGCAGACAGACCUUCAGCCCCAGACCCGCUUUAGCUAAAAACACCAUGCUGGCUGAAGUGCUGGAGAAACUGCAGAAGAGCAAACUACAAGCUGCUGGUCCUGCUCAGAGUCCCGCUGCAUCUGGAGAUGUGGAGUGUGACGUCUGUACUGGAGCCAAAAACAGAGCCGUCAAGUCCUGUCUGGUGUGUCUGAACUCUUACUGUCACACUCAUUUUCAGCGCCAUCAAGAGAUUCACCCAGGAAAUCAACACAAAGUGACUGAAGCCACUCACAAAUUGAAGAAGUUGAUCUGCCCUCAACAUGAGAAACCCCUGGAGAUCUUCUGCCGCACUGAUCAGCUAUGUAUAUGUUAUCUGUGUACAAUGGAUCAACACAAAAACCACAACACUGUUUCAGCUGUAGCAGAGAGGACUGAACAACAGAGACGCCUAAAGAACAUCCAGAGCAGUUUCCAGCAGAGACUCCAGGAGAGACAGAAGGAGCUGGAGAAGCUGAAAAAGGCUGUGGAGUCUCACAAGCGCUCUGCACAGGCCGCAGUGGACCACACCGAGAGGAUCUUCACUCAGCUCAUCUGCUGGAUUGAGAGAAGCCGCUCGGAGCUCACGCAGAUGAUCAGAGAUGGAGAAAAGACUGCAGUGAGUGGAGCUGAAGAACGACUGGAGCGACUGGAGCAGGAGAUCAAUGAUCUGAGGAGGAGAAACGCUGAGCUGGAGCAGCUUUCACACACAGAAGAUCACAUCCAUUUCCUCCAGAGUUUGCAGUCUCUCUCUGUCCCUCCUGGAUCUACAGACUCAUCCAGCUUUAUUAGCAGCUCUCCACUUGUUUUUGAUGACAUCGCUGAAUCUGUGUCUCAUCUGAGAGAGGAUCUGGAGCAUUUCGGCAAAAAGGAGAUAAAGUUGAUUUCUAGAAGAGUGAGCAGCAUUAGCAGGAUUCCCGCUCCUGUACCAAAGACCCGUGAGCAGUUCCUCCAGUAUUCUCAACAGUUCACUUUGGAUCCAAACACAGUCAAUGAAAGGCUGAUCUUGUCUGAAGGAAACACAGCAGUGGAAUGUAAAGGUUCAGUCCAGCCGUAUCCUGAUCAUCCAGACAGAUUUGAUGGUUGGCAUCAGGUGUUGUGUAGAGAGAGUGUGUGUGGACGCUCUUACUGGGAGCUGGAGUGGAGCGGUGUUGUGUAUUUAUCAGUGUAAACAGACUACAGACAAAACACCCAUACAAACACAAAACAUACAGACUAAACUCCCUAAACCUUCCGUCAGCUGCACUAGAAUAUAUAAGAGCAUCAGCAGGAAGGGUUCAGGUAAUGAGUGUGGAUUUGGGUUUAAUGAUCAGUCCUGGAGUUUGGAGUGCUCCACUCAUAGUUUCUCAUUCUGGCAUAAUAAUAUACAGACUAAACUCCCUAAACCCUCCGUCAGCUCCUCUAGAAUAGGAGUGUAUGUGGAUCACAGUGCAGGAACUCUGUCCUUCUACAGCGUCUCUGACACAACAAUGAGCCUCAUACACACACUCCACACCACAUUCACACACACACUCUUCCUGGAUUCUAUGUUUAUUCACAGGUGAGGAUCUGUGAUCUGACAGUGUAGAUGAUGCAGAUCCUCUGUGUACAAUAAUGUGGAAAUAUUCUCCAAAUAUCAGUCCUGCUUUAUUUGUGAUGUUUAUAAUAAACUGACUUUAAUAAUUAACACUGAUUUUAUUCAUCAUUUGUGUUCAUAAGUUGUCCUGAAGUGUGAUUGUAGAGAUGUGUUGAUGUUGAUGUUUUGGCUGAUUGUUGUUCAUAUUUAAAUCAUCAGCACAUCAGCUCCAGAUUGAGAAAGGCCAAUAUAACAGAUCAAUAUAUACUGAAGUAUGGAGUUGUGUAAUGUCUGCUGCAUAAUCCUCUCUGUAAAACAACACAGAAAUUGGCCAAACUAAAUGAGAGAAGUGUUGUGUUGAGAACACUGAUAUAGAGAGUUUUCCUCUGCUCAUGUUGAUGACAGUGAUCUACUUUUCACAGCAGUGUCUGUUCAGUUGCUCAUUUCCUCUUUAAAUGCAGAUCGUCUUGUUCUUUGUUUAAUCAUCAGUUGUUCAUUAUGGAGUAUUUGUGUUUAUAAAUGCAGAUUGUGAUGGUUUUGUUUAAUAAAGAACUGUUAAACGUC